CAACAAAAAGAGUGCAAAAAAAAAAUUGUGACUUGAAUUUUGAAUUUGUGCGUGGAUUUGUAUUGCAGAAGUUUUAGUCUCUAAUCUCAUUAAUCCGUAUUUUUUUCUAGAAUUAAGUCAGCUAUCCAAGAAUACUUAUGACACAGAACAGUCAUUCCUUCGUAAAUCAAAUUUAGACAAGACAAUCCGGAAAGUCAACCUGACCGUUCCCUGCUACAUCUUUGUAUCACUCAAAUUAAGUUUUUUUUCUCUGUUUCUCCUCUCCCUCACCUCCGUCUAGGUCUUAUAAAUUACAGCAUGGUGUACCUUCAUUUCCCAAAUAAUCUCUCUGAAGAAGAAGUUAUGCUUCAAGGCAAAUAUCAAAAACUGAGGAAGAAGAAAAAAGCAUUGCAGACCCAAAAAACUCCAAAAGCAGAACCUGAAAGAGCGCCUCCAGUACUUACCAAAUCAGCCAAAAGACCUUUGGAAGGCCGAGAUGCGCGAGAAGUUGCCAGGAAGUUGAUAAAAUCAGGUGCCAUUAGUCCAAUUGUAAGAACACCGGUUCGCACGGAGCAAGAGGGUUUCAAAAGGCCUCAAGGCUUACAAAGGAAACUAGCAGAUAGGUCAAUAGGUUAUCAGCCAUUCUCAGCAACUCAGCCAGAGGAAGUAAAAAAAGACUUCAAGCCUAUUUCUAAAGACCUGUAUGAAAGUUUUGUUUCCGCAAGAAAUCGAGAGGAAAGAGGUAUCCCUGAGAAGAAAUCUGAAACCAGCACCACAACUCCUGAGAAGCCCAGAUCUGGGAACACAAUUUUUGUUACCGGCUACAAAAUUACCGAAGAUUUCCUCCGAAAAACCUUCAACUCCUAUGGCAACAUCGUCAAUAUCUCAAUGGAAAUAGAAAAAAAUCGAGGAUUUAUUACAUUCGACAAACCAGAAUCAUCAGAAAAAGCUAUAAGUGAGAUGGAUGGUACCAUGGCCUCAGGCACUCAGCUCAGUGUUUCAUUAGCCCGAAGACAGCCCGUAGUAAAUCCCAUCAAUGACGCAACUUCCUCAUCAACAUGGUCAACAAUAGCUGCAAGCCACUCGCAGAAAGGCAGUCAUCACAAGGAGAAACGUGACCUGGUUGUUUACGAUACCAUUUUUGAUUUCGCCUAAGAAAGAAAGUGAGUUUGAACGACCCAUUUUUUUUUAUUUUUAUUUUUUUUGUGCCCCAAGUGAAGCACCAGCUACUUUAAUGAAGUUAAGAAUUUGAUCUCGUUAUUUGAAAAUGCAUGUACAAAAUGAAAAAAGUGUAAAUUUCCAUACAGAAGUUUAUCACUCACUUUAAAUAUGUGCCAAGAAAUUGGCAUAAUUCUCAAAUCAAAUCUACUGCUAAGGAACUUGUGCAAUCAACAAUUUAUCCAAAUUAUGGUAAAGAUGUUUCCUCUUACCAAGGCUCCACUUUACUGACUAGCAACUAUGCUCUAAGAUUCUAAAGAUUUAACUUGCCCUUAUGGCAAAUUAGCAAAUGUUUGCCGUACUCUUUAAAAUCAAAAUUUAUCUUUAAAUGAGGAGUAGUGAUAAGAACUAACUUUCCUCUUGCCAGAUUCGACAUCUGAUGCAUUUAUCUUCAGAAAUUCAAGAAGUUGUAUAUAACUCUCUUUAAAACCUAUUCUUUCCUGUUCAAAUCGAACAUCAUAAACGCUUUUGAUCUGUCCGAGUCGACUACAGUUUCAUUCCGAGAAAAUUUGGCUUCCUGCAAUUGUUGUUUAGAAACUGUUCUCAAGAAUUUCUAUUAUCUUGAGUGAAGAAAUUGUUUUUAAUUUCCAUAAAAGUACUGGCAGUAAAAGAUAAUUUUAAAUUCUCUUCAUGUGGAAAAAAAGAGGACCAUGUAAGAACAUUUUCAUACUUUGCCUUUUUUAACUCAUUCAGUGCACAUGCAGAGUUAACCAAGGCAUUCAUGCAAGACUGAACUUUCAUUUUUUGAAUUUUCUUGUGACCAAUAGUCAUUACUUUCAAAUCAGUGAAGAUUUAUUUUGUAAGAAUUCUAUUGAAUAGUUGUGGCAAAAAUUAAAAAUGUAUAACGUGAUUGUCUAAAUAAUCACACACUAGGAGAAGUCCCAAGAAAACUCCUGUGACUGAAUAUUUAGAGAAUAUGUUAGAUCACAUUUUAAUCUUAUUUCUGCUAUGAAUAAAAGUUUUUUCAUCGAUA